AUGAGUAAUUCAGAUACUAAAGAAUUUUUAGAGGAGCUCAAAGAACAGGCCAAGAGCGCGGAAAGUAGAGCCGAAAAUGACGAGCUGACAUAUGUGGACCCGUCUGAUGGGACUGUUUAUGAGUGGGAUUCAGACAAAAAAGGCUGGUUUCCUAAGGUAUUUAUACAUUUAAUUUCCCAAUUAUCAGUUCAUACAAGUUAUAUACACCAUUACUUUUUAAAAUGUAACUACUGACGCUUAAAACAAGUUUAUAUCAAUCAAAGAGGCUAGAUGCAAACUAAUGACUUUCAAGACCGUUGCAAUUAAUUUUAUUUGUCAAGUCUUUAUAUCAUGCAUUUGCUGGAUAAUGGGGGAGGGCGCAUCCAGGAUAUUUGUUAGGAGGGGGUACACCACUAUAAAGACUGGUGACGUAAGCAAAUUUUAACACAGAAUACCAGUUGUAUCAGAACUAAGCCACAGGUCAUCUCAGGGGGCGGGGGGGGGGGGGGGGGAGGCGCAACAAAAAAAACAAAAAAGAAAACAAGAGAGAUUGUAAGUAGGUGAGGGUCAACAAAAAAGAAGAAGACUACAUAAACAUGCUUGUGCUUCGUUAGAAUAAUUGUGUGUUCUGAGAUUAUAAAUUUAGGUGGUGGGUGGAAGGGGGGGGGGGACGAGUGUAGAUGAAGUGGAGGGGGGGGGCAAAACACAAAAAGAAGGGGCAAAAAAAAAAAAUUUAAAAAAAAAGCCCGAGGUUUACCAAAAACAAGCGGGGGGUAUUGGGGGGGGGGGGGGGGGGGGGGGGAGGGGCUGAAAACGCAAUUCAAAAACAGAACCAAAGUGCAUGUAGAUAGGUUCGGGUCACCCUUAAAAGUCAGCAGGUUUCAUAUCAGCCAGAUUACCAUAAGUUAAAAACUGCCAGUCAAGUCAAUAUCUAAAAUAUUUGGCAGUAGAGACGUCAUUAAUUGCCCCUGGCAAGAAAUUUUCCAGAUAUUCAGAAAAUUAUAUGUACGUGUAGUAAGGUAAGGGAUGAUAUGAAAAGGAGAACAGACUGGGAAAUGUGGCGAGAAAACCUCUUCUUGCUGUUUCCUCUAUUUGAAAAUCAUCAAUGAUAAACUUCCUUGAUUUGUUAACAAAUUCUUCUGGCCCCAGCUGUUCAAAAGGUGGAUAGUGUUAUCCAGUGAAUAAAUCUCUAUCCAGUGAAUAGUGCAAUUGGUUUCCCUAAUACUUAUCCACUGGAUAUGUGAUUUAUGCGGUGGAUAGCACUAUCCAGCGUUUGAACAACUGGCACCUGAUCUUUAUAAUAAGAGACGGAUGGAAAAUGGUCUGGAGAAUAUUGAUGUUGAUACACGUUUCAGAGGUCAAACUCAUCAGUAUAUAAAAUCCAAACCUCUGCAGGUUGAUGAAGAUUUCAUAGCAGCAUAUCAAAUGAACUAUGGUUUUACACCAGAUGGCGAGCAAGCAGAUACUACUACCACAGAAACUAAUUCAACUCCUACUACUUUGCCAGACACCACUCAAACAGCAAAAAAUGAGGUAAGAAAUAUUGUCAGUAGCUUAAUUUUAAUUUAUAUUGACUAAAAUGACUAGAUCACCCAAAAAUGUCACACAGAUUAUUAGAUUGAGUUUGGAGACAAAAAUAGUGGCCAAUUAAAUACAAUCAAAUAAUGUUGUUGAUCCACACUCUACAAAUAAAAAAAGAUAAAUUUACACAGAAUAAAAAUGCAAAUACAUGUAUCAGAAAUAAAACUUAAAAGUCAUAGGCUUCUUUAAAAAGAUAAGUUUCCAAGUGUUUAUAGUAACAUAGCAACUGACAUGGGAUUUUUGAAUGCUGAGAGGCGAGUUAUUCCAUAGUCUUGAAUCAGCAUUACUGAUCACCUGGGCAGUCUCCAUCUUAGUCUGAAGUUUAGCCAUUUGCACAGUGAGCAGUUCUUGGCUAUCAGAAUGUAAUAAAAUAUAUUGUUUUAAAUUUACAUGUGAGAUGAGAUGUUCUUAGUUUGUACAGAUAGAUUUUUAUGUAUGCUUACCGGUCAGUACAUGUGGCAAAGUGAGGUCCACAUCACCACAUCAGCCUUUUAUCCAACUUGCUUGAUCAAAUAAGGAUAUGUUGUAUGCAGUGAAAGUAGCUCAGGAACAUCACCAGUCUCUCACUCUUAAUACAAUGUUGGACUGCUUAAUUACUGAGGUUGAAUCAUCAGAGCAUUAUUCUGCUAUAUUGUGUAAGUGUAUCCAUCAAAGAAUGCAUUAAAAUUGAUGCCAACCAUUGUUUUUUUUUCUUAGACCAAUAAACUAGAAGAGGAACCGCCAACAGAUGUGAAGAAGAAAAAGCGGAAGGCAGAUGAAGGUGUUAAAUAUUUCUUGUUGGCAGAUCAAAAGAGAUUAAUUCACUGGCAGUGGGUUGUAUAUCUGAACCUUAAACUGCCAAAAUAAUUGGGAAAGUUUUCCUGUUCCUUGUUCAUUGGUAUCAGCAGUUUGCAUUAGCAACUAUAUAAUAUUAAACACAGUCACACUCAAAAAGACUGUUUUGUCAGUUGCCUGCACCCAUACAGUUAAACAUCUGAUAGCAUUUCUUGGCUGCGUCUACAUCGUUUAGUGGUAUCUGCAGUAUUAUUCUGUUGGUGUUUGGGUAGUUCCAUCAAUAUUAUCCUUCUUGUGUUAUAGUAAGGUCUUUUGUGGUCAUUUGAUGUAAUCUGAGGUUUUAAUCACAUGUUAUAUGUAUUGCUUCUCUUCACUACUGUUUAGGAUGGUUUGAAGUUGACGAGCAGAAAAACCCGAAUGUUUAUGUUUCUGGUGAGUUAUUCAAACGUCAAAUAUAGUACUAUAGUUAUGGUGCUAUUUGACUUUGAGGAUUAAGCUGAUAUCCACUGGUUCUUCCUUGACAACAGGAUUACCAUUGGAUAUAACAGAAGAGGAAUUUGUUGAACUGAUGAGCAAGUAUGGCAUCAUAAUGCAAGACCCUGAUACAAGUAGGUUUAUUGUAAAAUCCUCACUAUGGCACAACUUUUAGUUGUUUCCACACCUCAGCUCAAGAUAUUUAUUCUGGAAUAACCUUGUUAUAUUGCCAAAAAAGCUCUAUAGCCACAUGUAUGAUAUUAGUAACUGUCAUGUUUUGAAAACAGCAUGAUUAUUUAGGUAUGCCAUAUCUGGAAGACUAACAAGAUACCAACUCUGCAUUACAAUACAACAAUAAAUCCAGAGGAAUACCGAGAGUGUUAAGUGCCUUUAUAAUGGAAAUGUACUUUGAAAUUCCAGUAUUCAUAUAGGUUGAAUUGUCUUGUUGUAGAUAAGCCAAAAAUAAAGCUUUACAGGGAUGCUAAUGGACAGAUUAAAGGUGAUGGAAGAUGCUGUUAUCUCAAGGUGAUUUACAUCCACAGUGCUGGCUUGUGUGACUAAACUAACAAUAUUCUAUUUCACUUCCACAUAUAAAUUUAAUCUUUAGCUAGUUCAUGUCCUCCUAAGAUUCUAGUAUUCAUUGAUUCAACAUUUGGAGCACUUUCUUCUCACUAACAAUGCUCUUGUGGAGUUAAGAUUCAUGGUCAUAGGUUUCAAGUAGAAGCACAGGCAGUCCAAGCUUACCUUACAAGAGUGUCAUGUAUAUUUUUUAGAGUCAGUGUUGUGUUACAAGCGACCGUUGAGACUUUGUAUGGGAAAUAAAAUACUGAGGUCCCCAAACCCUAAAUAUCAUUUUAUUUUUACUUUUUUUCUAUAAAAUUAAUAAAGGAGACUUACCUUUGAUGUAUUCCUAGUCGGUAUUUUCGCCUGUUAUUGUGUGACCUCUGUCACUCUCUUCAAAAAUCAAAGCAUUUAAUGUUUCUAUCCCUCAUUGACACUAUACUACAGUUUUAUUAGAACUGACUCCUUCAACAUUAACAAUAUUUUCGACUUCAAUUUUUUUUGGAAAUUAUCAGCCAAUUUUCAAAUUCGUAUUUCUUUUGUCUCUUCACCAGACACAAAAGAAAAAAUUUAAAGCCCGUAAAUAAAAGAAAUUGAACCACAAAUAGCAUAAUGAAUACCCUAGAUAUAGUGACACAGUAUGCCCAUAACAUUCAUGAAAAAAAUUGCUUUCUUUUACAGCGUGAAAGUGUUGAUCUAGCUAUCAAACUUCUAGAUGAGGCAGAUUUCAAAGGCAGCACAGUACAUGUUGAACAGGUAAAGUAUUUUCAUUAAAAUUUCUUGGACUCUAAACUGCCCUGACAGAAAUAUACAGUAAAAACCCGCGACUAAGAACCUGCAUUUUUACAAGUUAGCCUAAACAGGUUCUUACAGAAACUGUAAUUAGCACAAAUUUAGCCUAUGUAGGUUCUUAAUUGGGUUCUUAUUUUCUAAAGAAAAAAUAGAUUGUAGCUAAGAGUAUUUACAGGUAUUCAGCUUUAUAAAAUCUGCAUAGGUAUUCAGCUCCGAUUCCCUAAUAAAAUCUGCAUUGCUUGCAUUGCAAUUGGAUGGACAAGUCUUCAAAGAGGAUCCUGAUUGCUAACUUGUUUGCUCAAUCUUACUCUAUUUCUUUUUAUAGAUUUUAGAACAUAAGAACCUGUUUCAGAUUUUAGGCUUAACUGGUUCUUGUAUCGAAGGGGCCUAGCUAACUGGCAAAUUUUAGCCUAAAAGGUUCUUAAAAACAAGGUUCUUAGUCAGGGGUAUUUACUGUAUCUGGCACAUCUUUUUGUCCAGAAGUUAUACUAUCAGAACGUUUUCAAUGUUAAUUUUCUCUAGCUUACCCUCCUUCCUCAAACAAGUUAAAGCUGAACCGGGCCUGGCAACAGUUUUGUGACUUAACUAAGAUUCUUUAGUGGUAAUAAUUUAGCUUUCUCGCUCUUUUUAUUUUUUGUCCAGGCUGAAUUUCAUCUUAAAGGUGAAUACAAUCCAGCGCUAAAGAAAAAGAAAAAGAAUAAAAAGAAAAAAGCGGGAAAAGGACAAGAAAAGUGAGUAGUUUUGCAUUUCUAACCUGGAGGUUGCGUGGCCAAGUGAUCAGUGUGUCCUGCGGACUCGCAAUACCAAUCCGGCGGUCCCGAGUUUGGAUCCCGCUCCAGCCACUUGCUGGAUUUGUUGUUCAUAUCCUUGGCCACGCUAGCCAACUGGUUUUGUUCUGCUACUUGGGGUUUUUAUACCUCUUAUGUUCUGUUUGGAUUAUUUUUUCAGAACUAUUUGAGUAAAAUGCCUGUAAACUACUGAGCUGGAUCAUCUUAGUGCACUUUCCGCUAUGACUGAACCUUUGAGAACAUUUUGUCAGCUACCAUUUUACCUCUAUAGUUUAAGAAAAGCGGGGCGGUACUUAUAAUAUUAAAUCUAAGGAAUGAUUUGAUAUAAUUUGCCAUGACCAAUAAAUACCGAUAACGAAAGUUAAGAAACCCAGUGAUCUUUAUUAAUUGGUGGACCGCCAAGCUUAUGAACCGCUUGACCGUUAAGCUUGUGAACCGCUUAACCGCUAAGCUUGUGAACCGCUUGACCGCUAAUCUUGUGAACCGCUUGACGGCUAAGCUUGUGAACCGCUUGACCGCUAAGCUUGUGAACCGCUUGACGGCUAAGCUUGUGAACCGCUUGACGGCUAAGCUUGUGAACCGCUUGACCGCUAAGCUUGUGAACCGCUUGACCGCUAACCUUGUCUUGUGAACCGCUUGACGGCUAAGCUUGUGAACCGCUUGACGGCUAAGCUUGUGAACCGCUUGACCGCUAAGCUUGUGAACCGCUUGACCGCUAACUUGUGAACCGCUUGACCGCUAAGCUUGUGAACCGCUUGACCGCUAAGCUUGUGAACCGCUUAACCGCUAAGCUUGUGGGCCGCUUAACCGCUAAGCUUGUGAACCGCUUGACCGCUAAGCUUCUGAACCGCUUGACCGCUAAGCUUGUGGACCGCUUAACCGCUAAGCUUGUGAACCGCUUAACCGCUAAGCUUCUGAACCGAUUGACCGCUAAGCUUGUGGACCGCUUGACCGGUAAGCUUGUGAACCGCUUGACCGCUAAGCUUGUAAACCGCUUGACCGCUAAGCUUCUGAACCGCUUGACCGCUAAGCUUGUGGACCGCUUGACCGCUAAGUUUGUGAACCGCUUGACCGCUAAGCUUGUAAACCGCUUGACCGCUAAGCUUGUGAACCGCUUGACCAAUAAGCUUGUGGACCGCUUGACCGCUUAGCUUGUGAACUGCUUGACCGCUAAGCUUGUGAACCGCUUGACCGCUAAGCUUGUGGUUAACUUUGGUUAACUUAGUUAAAUUACACUUAACCAAAUUUAUUAUUAUUGCAGUAAUAUGUAGACUGUGAGCCUUCCCUUAUUUUUUCAUUAAAACGUUCAGCGUGGUAGCACGUUCUUACGCGCGAGAUGCAAAGACGCCAUCCUUUAUAUAUCUUUACUCCUGGCGUCGCUCUCGUUUCUCGCGUUUCGCGUCCUUGUCACUCACGUGGUACCCCUUUAUCUUUGCUUCAAGAAAAAUAAGAGAAGCCGGCUCUCAGUCUCAGUCUCUGUUAAUGUUUUUUUUUAGAUAGAGCGCAACAUUGCACUGUACAUGUUAUUUUGGAUUAUUAUAACAACAUAAUGCGAUUAAUUUUUUCAGAUUACUGGACUGGGUUGAUAGAGAUUCAAGACAGAAGAAAGAAAGGAUCAUUGUUUUUAAAAAUAUGUUUAAUCUUGAAGAUUUUAAGGUUAGUGCGACAGACAAACAGUCUUAAUUAAUAUCAGAUUUUUCUUAUGUUAGUUAAUUGCCUGAAAAAUACUUUGUAAUAUCAUAUUUUAAGCUAUGCAUUGAUAAUUUUGUUAACUUUUUUGGCAGAAAAAUCCUGUUCUAAUUACAGACCUCCGUAAUGACCUUAAAAAGGAAUGUGAAGACAAAUUUGGAGAAGUGAGAAAAGUGAUUGUAUUUGAUGUAAGUAUGUUUCCAACCAGACUCACAAACAUUGAAUCAAAGGUUAGGUUUGCUGGGAAGUUUUAGUAAAGCUCUGUGAGCGGUGAAAGGAAGCCGUUUCAGACAGGUCUCCAUUACUUUAGAACCUUAUUCGUGUACAACGAAAUUUGAUGAUAACACGUAAUAAUAAUAUUGAUGAUAAUCAUUGUUGCCGGAGUUAAUCGUCCCUUGUAAAAAGGACUGUUGUCCUGUCAAUUGUCUCGUUUUAGUUUGACGUUGUUUUAUUUUUAUAUGUUUAUUCAAUGAUUUAGCGCAACAAAGAGGGAGUUUGUUCUGUGGCAUUUACAACCUUUGAAGCAGCCGACGCUUGUUUACCUGUGAGUAUGUUACACAACUUUAAAAUAUGAUGCUUUUGAUACUUUUCCACAUUACAUGAGUGUAACUGUGAAAGAUUUGAACCCAGGGGUCAUUUCAUAAGUAGGUUGAGCAUGAUCGCCCGGGUGAACUUAGUCCUGAAUAGGACUGUUGUUGACAGUCACUGACUUUUCGUCGUGAUGUUAUUGGCUAUGAAGACUCGAAAUGUCAUAGGUGUGUUUCGAUUUUAGCCAAUACUGAACAUCACGGCUUAACUGACAGACGACCAACAACAUUGCGACUUAAUUGAGUUUAAUACCAUCAACUGACGUGAUACAACUCACUUUAACUCUGAAAAUGACUACUGCACAGGUUGUCGAAACAUGAGUCACUGUCAACAACAACAGUCCUAUUCAGGACUACCACGUUCACCCGGACGAUUAUACUUAAUCCUAACUAACGUUUCUGGCUCGUUCUCUCGUGGGUAUGUUCCAGUUGAGCUCAUGCUGCCGGCCAGAGAAGCCAUACUGGUGUUAACAAAGUUUAUUUUUAGGUGAUGAAUGGACGGUGGUUUGCUGGUCGCAGAAUAUCAGCUGAGCGAUGGGACGGUGUAACUAGUUACAAAGUGGAAGAAACAGAUCAGGAACGAGAACAGCGACUUGGAGAAUGGGAAAAAUAUCUUGCGGGUGAACUUGACUAACCUUCCUCGGAAUCCUAACGGAAGGUAAUGAAAGAAAAGGCGAUGCUGAUCAGUUUAAACUAACCCGUUUAGCUUUUGUCGUAGCGUUAACACGUUCAUUUCCAAGAAUCCCUGAGAUGAAGAGUCAAAAAACUGCUCACUAAAAUAAAAGUAAUUCCGUGUUCAACAGAAAUUUCAAGACUAUACAUUAUUUAUUCUUUGUUUUAUCACAAAUGGUACAAAACAGAAAAUCAUUUAAUUUUUCCUGGAGGUGAGUGACGAUUUGAAGAAAAAGUCGUUUCGUUCAUGUUUGCCGUUUAGUGAUAAAAAAAAUAAAUAAUAGUGAAACUACUGACUUGUCCGUUCCCAGUCGUCUCUUUUGUCUCAUCAUAGUCUCCCGCGACCUUUCCUUAACCGCCUACAAAUGAGAAGAGACGACUUGGAACAUGUCAGGUGAAACUAGACGUUAAUGUAAGAGCUGCUCGUAAGGUGUUUCCUCAUUGGUCGCAGAAAACAAUAACACAUCAUUGUUUAUCAUUAUUUCCCACUGUUUGACAGGUAGGGUUUUCACUGGUUAGUAGCUCUAGUAACUUUGAACAAUAAAUAAACCUAUUUAAUUAAUAUUAGCAUAAUUUGAUAUAUCUAUUUCCAGGGAGACUUUUCAGGACGAACUAUCACCUUCCGCCGUGCCACAUUGUUAAAAGAUACAGCUCGACCUCAAAUUCCCUUAAAGUGAGAAACAGCAUAGAUAUUUCUACAGAUGAUAUUAUGCAUCAUGUGACCAUGGUACUACAUAAUCUCAGCACGAGCUGUUCAUGUGGUUUGGUCUGUCACGUGCCACCGACAACGCAUGAUCCGCCAUUGGCGAAUGAGAAUUCUGAUAAGAGCACAAGAGGUCGUCUUUUUCCACCAACAG